AUGGACUUCUCCAACCAGUCAGCCUUGAAUUUUGCUCUAAUCUCCCAGGAGUAUAGCCCUCACGCCCCUGGAAGAUGGCCUUCUGCGUCCAUGCCUACUACCCCAAAUGUGGUUGAAAGUCAAUUAUGGAUGCAGUUCAGCUGGGCUCAAGUUGCCUUUACCCUUAUAGCUAUAUGGCCCAUUAUUGUGGCUAUCCUACGACACUCGAGAGAGCGGCAAAGGAGGAAACGCUUCAACUUCCCUACGAGAGAUUCGUUUGCCCAAAUGACUGUCCGCGAUGCUUGGGCUAUCCAACUUGAUCUUAUGGACACAGAGACCUCCUUUUUCUUCAUGCUUGCACUUAAGUUUGCCAUUUUCUCGGUGAACGGUAUACCUUCCAUUUCCAGUUUGCUGGUCAGGACAAAUAAGCUCCCUUCGGAGCGUGUUCACCUUCGAUAUUCCAUGACCUCUGUCAUGAUAGCCGAAUUUCUUGCGUUUCCACCUGACGAUGAAAGGGCGUUACAGGCAAUAUCUCGAAUGAAUAAUAUCCACCAAACAUACCAGAGAGCCGGCCAAAUUUCAAACGAUGAUCUGCUAUACACCCUCGGGCUUUUCGCCUAUCUCCCUGUCCGGUGGGUUGGUAAAUAUGACUGGCGUGAACUUACUGACAUGGAGAAGUGUGCCUUGGGAACAUUCUGGAAAGAUAUCGGUGACUGUAUGGAAAUCGACUAUUCUCAGCUCCCGUCUUCUAAGUCGGGCUGGAAAGAUGGUCUCCACUGGCUCGAGGAAGUUACGGGAUGGGGUGAUCAAUAUGAAGAAAAGAACAUGAUUCCCUGCGCUAGCAACCAACUCGUUGCCCUCUCCGCCAUUGGUAUCAUACUAUAUAUUGUCCCUGACUUCCUAAAGCCGACAGCAAAGAAAAUGAUAUUUUCUUUACUCGAAGAUCGCAUGAUAAAGGCGCUAAUGUUGCCUGAAUCAUCCGAGCUUUGCAAGGUCUCUGUCAAAACAAUACUCAAUGCUCGGCGUUACAUAGUCCGCUACUUCUUUCCGCCUCGCCCUUCAUGCAUGCGCUUUCAGCCGCUGAGUGCAAAGGCCGACAAGGAUGGCAGAUAUUAUCUGCAAACCUACGACUCCAAACCUUUCUACAUCAAACCGACAAUUUCUUCACGCUGGUUUUCUCCCGCUGCCAUUAUUAGAAGAGUUCUUGGCCUGCCUUUGCCAGGGGAUAAUGGUAACAAGUAUCACCCUCGUGGAUAUCGGUUAGAAGAACUAGGUCCAUCCUGGAUCCUGGCCAGAAAGACGAUCAACCAAGAUGUUAAAAUUGCCCGUCAAAGGCUGGACCAAAACCAUACCACUGGCUGUCCCUUUGGGUAA